AGGCAGGUAGUGUGAGGAGGGGGGUGAGAGGGAGGUGAGAGAAGGGAGGUAGUGAGAGGCCAGCAUGUGCCUCACUCCUCAGUAGUGCUCAGGCCUUCACCCGCUCCUGCCACACAACUCUCCUCCACUACUCCUCCACACACAUACAGCGAUAACAAUGCCAAGUUUUAAGAGCAGCACAGAGCAUAAAGGAUGGCCACAAGAUGUGGGCAUUCUUGCCAUGGAAGUGUACUUCCCAUCACAAUAUGUGGAGCAAUCAGAAUUGGAAACAUUUGAUGGCGUAUCUCAGGGCAAGUACACAAUUGGCCUCGGUCAAACUAGGAUGGGCUUCUGCUCGGACCGCGAGGACAUCAACUCCUUGUGUCUAACUGUCCUUUCCCGUCUAAUGGAAAAAACUGGUGUUGGCUAUGAGAACAUUGGUCGUCUAGAAGUUGGAACAGAGACUAUUAUUGACAAAUCUAAGAGUGUGAAGAGUUGUCUGAUGCAAUUGUUUGAGGACUCGGGCAACACAGAUGUCGAAGGCAUUGACACUACUAAUGCUUGCUAUGGUGGCACUGCUGCACUGAUCAAUGCCAUUAACUGGGUCGAGUCAAGCUCUUGGGAUGGUCGAUAUGCUGUGGUGGUAGCAGGGGACAUAGCAGUUUAUGCAAGUGGACCCGCAAGACCUACUGGUGGUGCUGGUGCAGUGGCCAUGUUAGUAGGCCCUCAUGCUCCAUUAAUCAUGGAGAGGGGAGUCCGAGGAUCGCACAUGUGUCAUGUGUAUGAUUUUUAUAAGCCUGACCUCUCGUCAGAAUACCCAACUGUAGAUGGAAAACUGUCUAUACAGUGCUAUCUGUCGGCGUUAGAUGCUUGUUAUCAAACAUUCUCCCGAAAAUCAAAUGCCUUCAAGGACAAUCCGUCUCCACCCAUGUCUCUGGACCAGCUUGAUGCUGUUAUCUUUCAUUCACCAUUUUGUAAACUGGUACAGAAGUCUCUUGCUCGUUUGGCUUUCAACGAUUUCCUUAACACUCCUGUGGAUCGGGUUUCAUCAAAGUAUCCAGGACUUGAAGCAUUUCGAGAGAAAAAGCUGGAAGACACUUACUUUGACCGGGAUGUGGAAAAGGCAUUUAUGAACUACAGUGAACCAUUAUUUAAAGCAAAGACCAAUCCGUCAUUGGUUAUUGCCACUCAGGUCGGCAACAUGUAUACACCUUCUGUUUAUGGAGGACUUGCAUCAUUUAUUUCAAGCAACUCUGUUGCAAGUCUGGCUGGCAAGAAAGUAGCCAUGUUUUCAUAUGGCUCUGGGCUGGCUGCUACAAUGUUCUCGCUUCGUGUAUCGGAGGACACAGGACCUGACUCUCCUCUUUCGAAACUUGUUGCUUCUCUCUCGGAUCUUGGUGUAAGACUUGAUGCCCGAUCCAAAGUGUCUCCCAAGUUGUUUGCUGAAACAAUGAAGUUGCGGCAGGAAACGCAUCACAAAGCUCCUUAUACACCAGCGGGUAUCGUGGAGGUCCUGUUUCCAGGCACCUGGUAUUUAACUCGUGUGGAUGAGAUGCAUCGCAGGCAGUAUGAACGCCGCCCUCUUACUGCUGUGCAUACCAUGCCUUCUAUUGCUGGUGCUUCAACAAACUCUGUAAUAAAAGAAGCUUCAUCUGUGCCAACCGAUUUACUGUCUCAUCAGGUUUAAUAGCUGGAUAUAACAUACUAAACAUGGCAUGGCAGGUGAUAUGAUAUGAAUCUGUAUCUUGGCAGCUUGUUACAUAUAUUGUCAUAAGUUUUUGUUCACAAUGUAUAUAUAAUAUAACUUUUAUUACAGUAAUGCUACUGUAUUAUAGUCACAUUACCUCACAGGGUUCUCGACAAUUAAAAAAACGCAAAUUGCUGGUAUGGCAAGAGUGUGUCAAAGCAUGGGAGAUCUUAAAUAUAACUGUUUUAAAAAUGUUGUAAAACAAAGAUUACUUUGUUAAGCAUCAUGAACAUCUGUCAGAUGUCUUGAAUUGGAGAGCCUCUAACUAUAACAUGACCAGUUUGUGCAUUCGGAAGUCAUAAAGGGUCAUGUCAAAUUUCCGUGUUGUGUGUAGUCUUGAAGAAUAGUAUCUUAUCACAAGGUUACUUACAAGGGUGAGAUUACCAGCAACAUUGGGGCACGGUUGAGACCCACGAUAUUUAUCAGAUUUAUUAUCUUGCUGUUACUAAGUUUUUAUAAUAUUGCAGAAUUUAGAAUUACAGCUGUUUUAGCUGUGUAAAUUAAACAUUUCCGUUAGUUUGUAAGUUGACUGUAAAUGCCUCACUUGAUAUCUUAUUCCUUAUAUUUGAUAGUCAUGAGACCAUUAUUAUUUAAGUGAUGAUGUAAUCUAGACUACUGUUACAGGUGCAGCUUUUUUUGUUUCUGUUGAGGGAUAAUGACUGAAAGUAUAGAGACUAAGCAAUCUCUAUUUAACUACUGCACUGCAUUAAAAUAUGACACCCCUGUGGUGUGCAGAAAAUAAAUUUUCACAAUUAUUUUAUCUUCUAUGGUUAAAGUGCUGUCUCUGAUCACGGGAAACUACUGUAAAAUCAAAUAUUGUAUGUGACGUACUUUAGCCGUGAUGGAGCCGAGAAGUUGAGCAAUCUAUGGGUGCAGAGUGAUCAAGCGCUCGGGAACACUCGACCCCGCCACCCUGUGGGGCGGCAGUUGCCCUGAAUAUAAUUUGUCAUAAUUAUUUCAGUGUCUCAUUUGUUUCUUCUUUGGCUUUUCCUUUAUUAUUCAAAAGUGUGUAA